AUGACGGGCAGCUCCUUCGCCAACGUAAUGAAGGUAUCUGAGUAUGUAGGACUUGUUGAGGAAGUAUUAGCAAAGGUGUCAUAUUGCCAGUCUGAGUGCUGGGCACCAAGAAUAUUUGGGGCUCAUUCUGCACCUCCUAGAUCAGCACAAUGCAUCCAUGUGAUAAAAAUCCACGAAGAAAGAGGCCAGCAGAAAGUUUCCAUACUGCAUUAUAAUUCAGCAAAUCAGAUUACAACAGGAUUUGCCAUUACAGAGAUAACAUCAGUGGCACCAUCCAAGUUAAAAGUAUCAUGGACACCAUUCUCUAAUGUUGGUUAUUACAUUCUUGAUCUAAGGAUUGUGAAAAAUACCAGAAAACUACCGUUCACUGUCAUCACACCUCCCUUUAUCACCACAAAAACAUAUCAAAGGUUGAGAGCAGGUGUGCUCUACAAUGUGACAGUCAAAGCUGUUAGACAUUUUACUGCAGUCGCUACUGCAUGGCGAACAGGAAGAACGGUGCCGUUGAGCCCAAAAUUACUCAGCCUAGAAUCGAACUCAAGUUCAGUAAUCAUUGCCAAAUGGACUAAAGUAUGGGAAGCAGAUCGGUACCUUCUGAAUGUGAAAUCCAGCACUAGGAACUUUAAUUUGACAUUUGACAACACCAGAGGAAUUGUCUCUGGUUUGGAUCCAUCCACUCUCUACACCAUUACUGUCUUUGCUGCAAAUUCUGGUGGUGUUGGAAGUCCUAGCAAAACAAGGCACAUCGUCACCUUGGUACAGCCUCCAUCUGAUAUCAAAGUCACAGCUCUCAAUCAAAGUGCAGUCCGAUUAGAUUGGAAUCUGUUGGCUAAAGCUUUCAAAUAUGAAAUAACUGUGCAUGAGAAUUCCAUGGAAAGGCCUGAUCUAACAACUACAAGAACAUUUUCUAAUUUCAUAGUAGUAAACAACCUUGCAAUAUGUACUGAUUAUACCAUCACCUUAAAGUCAUUGAAUGAUUUUAACCUGCGUGGGGAAAGCACUUCAAUAUAUUAUACAACUGAGGGGAUUAAACCAGUACAAAAUGUGGAGGUACUCUACAACUGUGCUGCAGAUUCAGUGAAAGUGUCAUGGAACAGCAGCCCUGGUGCCACGAUCUAUAGAGCAAUCGCUAGAAGCUCUGGUGGUGUGAUUCAGUACUGCACUGCGUCAACAGUAACUUGCCAAAUACCUGAAUUGCAAUGCAGCGAACACUAUUCUGUAACAGUUAUAGCACAGGCUGACAAGUGCAACAGCAGUGAAAGUUUAGCUGCUACUUUUGAAACUAAACCCUGCAGUCCUCAGAACUUUCAAGUAUCUCGUGACUGCCAUAGUAGCAGUGUGUGGACUUCCUGGGAGGCCAGUGGAGGUGCUUUCUUGUACAAGGUAACGGCCCAGGCAUCUGAUGGGACAAAUGAUGAAUGCAACACCAGGGGAACCUCCUGUCUCUUCACAUUUUUUGACUGUGGCCUGGAGUAUGAACUGAGAGUCGUGUCAAUAUCAAAAAACCAAUGCAAAAGCAACAUUAGUGACCCCACUACAAUACGUACAGCCCCUUGCAUUCCGCAGAAUGUGAAAGCCUCCACUGAUUGUCCGUCCGACUUUUUAACAAUUUCAUGGAAAAUGGCAUUAGGAGCCCUGUCGUACGAGACAGAAGUAGUGGGGACAAAUGGAAACAAAUAUAACUGCAGCUCUUCUACAACCAGCUGUGCCAUCUCUGGGCUACCAUGUGGGAUAGGUUUCAUAGUAUUUGUUAUUGCUUUCGACAAUCAAUGUAACAGUGGCAGAUCUUACUAUGACAUUACAGAAACAGCGCCCUGCCAACCACAGAAUGUUCACUCUCGGGUGGAUUGUGAAACGAACAUGGCCGUUGUAAUAUGGAGCAAGUUUGAAGGUGCAAUCAGCCAUGUGGUCUCUGUUAAUGGGAGUGAUGGGACACAGCAUCUGUGUACAUCAACAGAUACAAGCUGCUGGCUGCCAGACCUGAAGUGUGGCCAAGUGUAUGUUGCAACUGUCAGUGCAUCAAAUUACAAAUGUAACAGUUCCCAGAGCUCUCCUGUUUAUAUUAAGACAGGUAAUAUUUGUAUUGUAAUGGAUAAGAUAAAGAUUGAGAGUACAUAAGCACUGAGGAAUCUGGAACCUUUCUAAUUAUAAGUUCGGUUAGAAAUUCCAUCUAUGCAUGAAACACCUUGGG